AUGGGCCAUGAUGAGGGAUGGGCUGGACAACGUGUGGGGAAUGACUACAGUGGUCCCUUGCGGCGUAUACCACCGCCGGCGUGGAUCCAGGAUCUGCAGCGGAGUGACUACUCCCCAGAUGCGUUGAAGGCCUUAAGGCGUUCUGAGGAGCUCUCUGCCCAGCAGGGUGUCUCAUGCAAUUCAGCUCAUGUGGCCUAUGUGCUGUUGGCCGAGGUUCUGGGCACUACUGGGGCACCAACGCCUUGGGGUGCCAACGUCCCUGGUGCCGCCAGCGAACUGCUCAAGCGAGCGCAGACGGGUGCCAGCAAGGAGUUACAAAGCCUGCUGGAUGCCGCUGCUGCCCAACGAGCUCCUGCUAAGGUGGGCUUGCGAGACCUUUGUGCCGCGCUCUUUAUGCCACACUUGGGCUUGGCAGAGCUGCUUCAGUCCAACGGCUUGACGGCGGAGGGCUUGCGGACUUCCUUACAGGCGUCCGGCCAAAGCCUGGUGCCUCCGCCCAGAGCCUCCGGGACGCCGCUGAUGCAACGCGAGAGGCCCAAAGGUGCCACUCAGGACGAAGAGGAUGACUCCUCUUCCGUACUGGCACGUUUCGGGAAGGAUUUGGUGUUGGAGGCGGCGGCCGGACGGCUGGACGCGGUUUUCGGCCGUGAGAAGGAGGUUCAGCGUGUUUUACACGUCCUGGCGCGGCGGAACAAGCCGAACGUUUGCCUACUGGGUCCACCCGGCGUAGGGAAGACCGCGUUGGUCGAGGAGGUGGCUCGCAGAAUCCACCGGCGUCAGAAUUUGCCCAGGCAGCUGAUGGGCUGUCAGAAGGUCAUCCAGCUGAGCUUGGGCUCUUUGGUGGGUGGCACCAGGUAUCGUGGGGAGUUUGAGAAGCGCAUGGAGAAACUCUUGAAGGAGCUCUCGGGCCUUCGGGAAGAGGUGAUUCUCUUCAUUGAUGAAAUCCACAUGGCCUUGGGCGCAGGUGAGACCGAGAAGGGCAGCUCCAUGGAUGCGGCCAACCUGCUGAAGCCAGCGCUGGCCAGGGGUGAGCUGCGAUGUAUAGGUGCCACAACCACUGCGGAAUAUAAGAAGCUCAUCCAGAAUCAGGACAAGGCCUUCGAGCGCCGCUUUGUGAUUGUGGAGCUCUCUGAACCCACAGAGGCUGCAGCUGAAGAAAUGCUGCUGGCGAUGUGCCCAGCGUUCGAGCAGCACCAUGGUGUCAAGGUCACGCCAGAGGCAGUCCGAGCCUCCGUGCGUGGCUCACGGGCACUCAGAGGUCGCUUUCUCCCAGACCGUGCUCUGGACGUUCUGGACGAUGCUGCCACGUUGGCGUCUGCGGAGGCUGAAGCUUCUGGCACUUCCCCGCUUUGCACGGCGGAGCAUGCGAUCCAGGCAGCACGGCAAGUAGCCUUAGGUGCCGCCAGCUUCCGGGACCGCCUCGUGGCACGGCUUCAGCUCCUCACCUCGCGGCUCUGA